AUGUCACAUCUCAAUCAUUUAGAAGAAACAUUAUCAGAACAACCAUUAACAUCACUUUCAUUAACACAUGUAGAAUUUGAUCCAAAUGACCCACUUUCAUAUGCCUUUGCAUAUGUGACAUUAUCUCCUUUAGUUAUAGUAAUAAGUUAUAUUAGUACUAUUAUUGCUAGGAGAGAAUUAAUGAUGAUUAAUAUGUUUUUGGGUCAAUUAUCUUGUGAAAUAUUAAAUUCCGGGUUGAAAAAAUGGAUAAAAGAAAAAAGACCUAGUGAUAAAAUUGGUAUAGGAUAUGGAAUGCCUUCUUCCCAUGCCCAAUUUAUUGCUUAUUUUACAAUUUUUUCUAGUAUUUAUUUAUGGUACAAGAUAUAUUUACAUUAUCAUACAACGAAACAAGUAAUUGUAGGCAAUAUAUUUGGUGGGACGUUUGCAAUAUUUUGGUACCUUUUAAUAGAAAAAUUAAUCAGACCUUUGGGUAUAUUUAAAACGAUUAUUUAUUCUCCUAUUGCUAAAUAUUUUUAUCUAAAAGAUAAUACUUUUGCUAAAGAUAUCAUUAGAGUUGAGUACUUGAAUUGGUUAGCUUUAAAUAGAGAAAAAGAAGAAUGA